CCCCCCAUCACCAGGGGGGAACGCGAGCACAGCGCCCAGGCCGCCGGUCCCUGCUCCUCCUUCCCCUUCCCAGUCUCUCCCACUGCUCGCCGCUGGAUCCUCCGCCCGCCGCGGCUCCUCUCCCCCGCACCCCGCCGCGGCGCCUGCACGGAGAUCCGCCCGCCGGGAGGGCGGAGGCGGGCCGGUAGCUCCCGCUCCCGCUCCCGCAGGUGGUUGCUCGUCGCCGCUGGAGAUUGGCAGGCGGCGCCAGUUGACGCCACUGAGCUCCGUGGUGCCGAAUUCCCCAGGAAAUUUGGGGGUUCCACCGAACUCCCAUGCCCGAAGCCACUGGGCUUGGAAUGGGCCACUUUGGCUCUAAGGGAACUCGAAUGGCAGGAAUGGACGAAGACACAGCAAAAGAUUUGAAGAAGGUUCCUGCCUCCUUGGAGGUAAACAAGUCUUCUGGUGAUGACGAUCUUGGCGGAGGAGGUCAUACUUUGACUGGGAGGAAAAGGAAGGAUUGGACGAGGAGUUCUGCGGAUGAGAAUGGGACUGUGACAAAAAGGGUAUUGAGGUCCGACGCCAUGAGGCUGCGUGCUGAGGCUGAGACAGCCAGUGGACUGGCUGUGGAGGUUAGCAAAACGGACAGUUUGGACAAGAAACACCGUGAGGCUGCUGUGGAGGCUUGCAAAAGCGGGGUGCAGACAACACAUACUUGCAAUGGUGAGGAAGGCAACAUAUUGGUUAACGGGAAUGCGAGCAAUAUCUUGGAAGAGUCAGCUAGGCGUCCGGAGAAUAAUAUGGAAAUGUCUGGUGUUGCUGCAACAGAAUUUCCUCAAGGGGAUGGCUUAGGCACUGGAGGUAGCAUUGCAGAAUUAGAUGAUAAGAGAGUCAAUUCAGAUGAGAAGAUUUCCGCUGGAACUAAUGAAGAGCAGAAUGAGUCUAGAGCUGGAACAAGCAGUGUGAGUGUUGAUGAGUCCCAAGCUAACAAGGUGAGCCAUGGGCCUUUCCAGGGUGAGGUCAUAGAUUCAGUGGCUGCAAAUGAUGACAGCAAGAGCACAGAUUUAGGAAGAAUCAGCCCUACCAGCGGAUUAGAAUGUGUUGAGCAUGAGGAUACAGUGGUUUGUACCGAGGGAGUGGUACUCCGCAGCGGAGAUCAGAAAGUUGAGAAGCAUUCUCACAUUGACGAUGUAUGUACAGAAACUGAGAUAUCUUUGACUGAAAGUGGAAGAUGCACAGUAGACAACCACACUGAUCUAACCGAGUCCUCUAAGCAGGAUGCGAAGGGCAGCCUUACGAAUGAAACCAAUGAUGUUUCACCACAUGACAUUGUCUUUACAAGGAGAAAGUCGCUAUCUAAAAAAGCAUGUGAGUCAAAGCAGGUGGAAUGCGAAGAGGAGUUGCGAUUUGAGAAACGAGUUACAAGGUCAGCUACAGUUAGACAGAGAGAAGUUUCUGGAAGCUCAUGCAAAACUACUGCAAAUGAGGCUACAUUAGGAAGCAAAGGGAGGAAAGGGGAUAUUGUUGCGCACUAUACAAGGAAAGUGAGCAGUACAGUAUCCCCGAAACCUCACCAUGCUGCGCUGGUAGAAUGUAAUACCGAAGCGAAGAAGCAAACAGUGAAAGGAAAGGUUGGGAAUGAUAAUCAUGCAAAUGCCACAGAGAAUGAGGAUUCAGAAAAUGAAACGAAGGUAAAUUCGAAGUCACAACCACUUGUGAGAAGCAUCAGCAUUGUUAAGAAAACAACUGAAGCUGCUCUUUCCGCGAUGGAUCAGAAUAUCUCUGGCUCAGCCAUCACUGAGAAAAAUGAUACGGAGCAUACAGAUUCUGAUGGAGUUAAAUCUGAAAAUAAGACUCCUGUGCAGAAACCAAUGAUGUCUGUUGGUGCGAAGAUUGUUGCUAGCAAGAAGAGGAUAUUGGAAUCAGGGCUUGACAAAACUGCUGAAAGGUCACCAAUUGCCAUGCCAUCCAUGAAAAAGACAAGAAAUGCAUCUUCUGAUCCAGAUAUAGAGCAACGAAAUAAGUCUUCUGGAGAGAAGCUUGGAGGGAAGAACUGUGAUUCAGGAAACAAACGUGUUCUGAGGGAACGGCAGCAUCGCAGUCAAACAAAAUUUUCAAGCAGAUCUUCUAACCACACUAAUCAAAAUACUAUCAAGCUGACACGGGAGCAAUCUGAUGAUGACGAGGUCGACCGUGAUACUUCCUACAGGAGAACUCAUAGAGGAUUUAGCCGUGAUGCUCCUCCUGUUGUGCCAGAAAAACAAGAGGACUCUAGUGACUCAGAAGAAGACUUUGUCGUGAAAAAGUAUCAGCAAAAAAGGAAAAAGUCUGAUCGAACGGCUGGAUCUAAGUUAAAGCAUACUUCUGCUCCUUCCAAAGCAGGUCGUUCUGGUAGAUCUGUUCCAAACUGUUCUGAAUCUAACCCCUUGUCUCCUCGUGAAGAAAAGCAAAAAAUAAGUGAUCAGAUAAAGGCCAUACUUGUAGAUGCUGGUUGGAAGAUUGAUUUGAGACCCAGAAAUGGUAGAAGUUACAUGGAUUCUGUGUAUAUACCUCCUAGUGGCAAAGGAUCUUACUGGUCAGUCACAAAAGCAUAUUAUGCGUUUCGUGAAACCAUGGAAUCUGAGCAAAAGGACAUCUCUAAAGCCCAGAGUUUAUCAAAAAAAUCUGUUGGUAGCCCUGGCAAAAGGCAGGCCUCUAGUUCUUCAGAUUGUACUUUAACAGAGGACAUCCUUAGCAAAUUAAAAAGGGUUGUUGUAAACAGACGGACAACCAAAAUAGAGAUUCAAAGGCUGAGAAAGAAAGCGUUUAAAAAGGGUACGUCAAAGGAAAAGAAGAAUAAGAUUACAAAUUCGAGAGGAAAUGAAAGAAAAAAGCGAGGUGGCUGUGCUCUACUUGCUCGUGGAUCAAAUAAGGAGUCUGACAACAGUGCUGAUGGUUUUGUUCCGUAUGAAUGGAAACGUACGAUUUUCUCCUGGCUGAUUGAUCUGGAUGUUCUAUCAGUCAACACUAAGCUGAAAUGUAUGGAUGAAAGCCACUCAGAAGUUUUACUGGAGGGUAUAGUCACUAGGGAUGGGAUUAAGUGCAGCUGCUGUAGUAAGGUCCUUUCGGUGCUUGAAUUUGUGGCCCAUGCUGGUGGUGAAGUGAAGAAGCCAUACAGAAACAUAGUUGUAGAUGGGCUCGACAUUGACCUUUUGCGCUGUCUUACUAAUGCAUGGAAUAAGCAAUCUGAUUCUGAAAUGCAGGAUUUCUUUCCUAUUAGCAUCGAGGGUGAUGACCCCAAUGAUGACACAUGUGGUAUUUGCGGUGAUGGAGGCGAUUUGAUCUGCUGUGAUGGAUGCCCCUCGACAUUCCACAUGAGUUGUCUAGGACUGGAGGCACUUCCCUCAGAUGAUUGGUGUUGUGCAAACUGCUCGUGUAAAUUUUGUCAUGAACAUUCUAGUGAUGAUGCUGAAGACAUUGCUGAUGCUGAUUCUUCGUUGCGUAGUUGUUCCCAGUGCGAAGAACAGUAUCACCAAGCCUGCUCUCCUGAGAUUGAUUCCAUAACCAGCGAUUCAGAUCAAUCAUGCAAUUUAUUCUGCCAACAAAGUUGCAGAUUGCUGUUUGAGGAAUUGCAGAAUCUUCUGGGAGUCAAAAAGGAUCUUGAACAAGAAUUUUCAUGCCGAGUUGUUCAGCGCAUCCAUGAAGAUGUACCAGAAACAGCCAUUGCUUUGGAUGAAAGGGUUGAGUGUAACUCCAAGAUUGCUAUUGCGCUUUCGUUAAUGGAUGAGUGCUUUCUUCCGAUUGUUGACCAGAGAACUGGCAUCAACUUGAUACGCAAUGUUGUGUAUAGCUGUGGAUCAAAUUUUGUGCGACUGGAUUUCCGUGGAUUCUAUAUCUUUAUUUUGGAACGUGGAGAUGAAAUGAUAGCUGCAGCAUCUGUCAGAAUACAUGGAACCAAAUUAGCUGAGAUGCCGUUCAUUGGUACCCGGAAUAUGUACAGGCGUCAAGGAAUGUGCCGCCGGCUUCUAGAUGGAAUUGAAAUGAUCCUCACAUCCCUCAAUGUUGAGAAGUUGAUCAUUCCUGCUAUAUCAGAACUUGUGGACACCUGGACAUCUAAAUUUGGUUUUAGUCCACUUGAAGAUUCUGAGAAGCAAGAAGUGAAGUCUAUUAGCAUGCUAGUUUUUCCUGGUACAGGCCUUCUCCAAAAGCAAUUGUUGCAGAAGGCUUUACCUGAUGAAGACCCAUGCCCCCCAGGAGCUGGUGCCAUUUUGUCUGCAAACAAAAGCGGGAAACCAUCUGAUGUGGCCAUUGGAGAUUCUCUUUGCUCUGUUGCAAGUCCUGAUCCCCUAGGUUCUGGGGUCACAGAGCAUAUGGACAGCAGCACAAAUGGUGAUGGUACUUGCAAUGGUGAUGUUUCACAACAAUCUUCCCAUCCUUGAUGGGUAAGCUGUGUUGCAACUUCUUGGACCAGUCAAACGGUGUGCUUGCUUCCCAAGAGAGGGUUCCCCAAGCUUACAUGGACGAAGCCAUGAGCGUCCAUGUUCUUCGUACCUUUUGCGUUUUGACUCAGCAGUUAGCAUGACACCCAUCCGUUGGCAGAGAGGUUUACAGUUUUUUUGAAGAUCCCUUGCAGUGGGAGCCCAGUUGUUUUCCCCAGAGAUUGAUGAUUCGAUUGACUCGUCAGCCUGGACUUCAGAAUCAGCCUGUGCAGUACUGAAAAGCAUUAACUCCAACCACCAAACUUCAUGUGCAGCUGAAAACUCAGCGUGUAGAAUGUGGAUGAUAGUUCUGUUCUUUCUUCCUUUCUGGUCGUUAACUCCGAGGGCCAAUGGAGCCACCAAAUAGUCGUAAAUGUUAAAUCGGUUGUUAUUUAGUUGAUAGUUUUAUGUUUUUUUUUGCUGGCGCAUUCCUGCAAUCAUCUCUCAUUUCUGUAACAUAAUUCUCAUGUCUGUAAGAUAAACUAAUGUAUGCGCAAGCUAGAAAUUGCCCACCUGAUCUGUCAUGCCAAAUUGGUUGCAAA